AUGAAUUAAAGCAAUACUUUUUUUGAGAAAUAGUCUCGAUCUCAGAUGUAAACUAACGAUGUAAACUUAUGGUUAAAAAGAAGGUAAUAAUCAAAUUAUUUAUUCUAGGUAUUUUAGUAAGGUUAAAAAAUAAUAUCUCUUGUAUCCUGAUUAGAUGAAAUAAGAAUAAGAAAUUAAGAAAAUAUUUCAAAAUUUCGAUAGAGACAAGUCAAGUAUUAUGAUUAUUAUAUGAAAUAGAAAAUAUUGAUAUUGGUGAAAUGUACGAAAUGUUUUAAAAAUUUGGAUUUGGUGUGACAGAGAAAUAACUAAAAGAUUUUUUUUCAGUGAUUGAUAAAGAUAAGGAUAGUAUAAUUUAAUUGAUAAAUUAGAUGCAUUAAAUUUGGAUGAAUUUAAAAAUUCUGUGAUAGAUGCAGAUGCAUCAAAAAGUAUGAAUAUAAACAUCAAAUCUAAUAGUUUUUUAUAAAAUAAUAAAAGAAGUAAGAACAAAUUCAAAAUUUGAAUCUUCUUGUAAUAGUGGAUAUAUACCAUUUUAAUUUAAUGAAAUGAUAAGCUAUUUAAAUUAUUUAAUUAGUAGAAAUGAAUUAUAAGAAUCGAUUAAGGUAGUAAAAUUCAUAUUGAUAGCAAAAUUCAUUAACAACUUAUGAUAAAUUUUAAUAAUACUUACAAUUGAUUUAAUUGAGUUAGAACUAAAAUUAAAUUUAGAAUAAUUAAAAGCAUUCAAAUCCUAUAAAUGAAAAUAUGCGAGAAUAAGAUUCAGAAGAAUUAGAAUUUACAAAACUUUAUAAAAAUAAAUUUAGUUGUUCUAAAAAUUCAUGUAAUAUUAAUGAUAGUAAUGAUAGUUUAUAAUUCUAAUGAUUUGCCAUUAUUAUUGAAAUUGAAAUAUAGUAAAAAAUAAAAUUAGUAAAAAGAUCAUAAUAUAAGAACUAGCCUUGAUUCUUAACAGACUUAAUAUCCUAACUAAUUUAAUUUACAAAUCAAUGCAAAAUCAGAAAGAUAAAUUCAUCAAAAUUUUCAUAAUAAUCACAUUGUAAUAUUAAAUAAUUCAUCAUAAAAUAAAGCAUUAAAAAAAGAUAAAUAUAGCAAAUCUUAAAAUUUUGAAUCUAAUGCAAAAUAAACUCCUUAUUUGUAACUAAACUUAAAAAAAAUCAAUUCAAGUUAUAGAGAAUAACUUAAAACAGAAAUUAGUAAUAAAUAAAAUAUUAUUAAUAAUACUGAUCAUCUUCCAAUAUCUUUGGUUGGAGAAUUGUAAAAAUUUUUGAUUUUGUCUGGAAAUCAUAAAAGAAGACCUACAAAUCUGAUCAAAACAUAACCAAAUAAAUAAUUUGAUAUUAAUUAAAAGAAAUUGACAUCAAUCCUAAAAACUUCAACAGAUGUACAUCAACUAAUAAAUAUUUAGUUAAAUCCUCAUUCUCCAAGUAAUAGUAAAUUAUGUACACCUAGUUUUUUGAGAGAUGAGAAAUGCUCUACUUACAGAAAAAUUAUCAAUAAGCCUAAUUUCUAAACCUAUUCUUAGUAUAACACUUCAAUUUAACCAUCAGAGAAACCAUUAAAUAUUACUUUAAAGGGAAAAUCUUUGUAGAUAAAGUGA